AUGACCGUCGCGCUCUCGCGCGCGGGCGUGGUGUCGACCGCUCGAGGGAGACGCGCGCGAGAGAGAGGCGCGGUGGGACGCGCGGCGAGGGCUCGAGCGCGCGGCGAGGUCGUCGUCGCGUCGUCGUCGGGCGAUUUCUCGCGAACGCCGAGCGAUGGGCGGCCGAGCCCGCUGGACGCCGUCGUGCGGUGGUUCGCGCGGCAACCUGGGAAUUUGAGGGACGUCACCCCGCUCCUGCGAUGGCCGAGCGAACGGUUGUUUGCGUGGGGAACGCUGAGGGGGAUCGUCGGGAACGCGUUGGCGGUGAUGGCGGCGCUGUGCGCGCUCACGUUGUUUCUAGGCGCGGCGGACGCGGCUUUGUUGAUGGCGCGCGCGUUCGUCGGCAGGGCGUGA